UGCAGCUGACCAUGGAUGCAGUUCUAGUCUAUGCAGAUAUCAAGUUAUCUGAAGAUUCCUCAUCCAGAAGAAGCACACAGUUAGAUCCUGUCCAACAGGCAGAUCACCAGUUAUGCCCUCGCUGGCAUCGGACUGCCUUGCUCCUUGCCUGGACUGGAAAUGUUCUCUUGAUGGUGGCUGUGAUAGUGAUGGGGGCUUAUCGCCUGAGCUGCAGUUCCUCAACACCACUAAACAGAAACCCACAAAACCCUGAGAAAAUGACUGGAACACCCUCGUUGAUUUCAAAUCCACAUCCGUACAAUAAUAGUGAAAUAGAAACAUUCAGGUCUUCCCUGAGGCAUCAUUUGUGUGAGGCUGCAAAUGCAUCUACAGAGAAUGGAUCCUGCAGUGUGUGCCCUGUGACCUGGCUUCUGCAUGAGGACAAAUGCUACUGGUUUUCUCAUUCAAUUGAGUCCUGGGACCAAAGCUACGAGGACUGUUUGGCAAAAAGAUCUCAGCUAUUAGUGAUUUCUAAUACAGGAGAGCAGAAAUUCAUCCAGGACACAAUAAAGGUUAAAGCAUGGAUUGGACUCAACUUCAAACUGCCAGAGAAGAAGUGGAUGUGGAUCAAUGGUUCUCCAUUAAACCACACCGAUGGCUCUCCAUUAAGCCACACAGAAUCUCAACGCGUAAAGGCUAACUGUGGCAAUAUAGGACAGAAGGGAAUCUAUCCUGAUCUGUGCAAUGGAGAACUUCACUGGAUUUGUCAGAAAAAAUGUGUAUCGAUCUGAGGAUUUGCAUGUGAAAUUUUUAAAGGAACAUCUCACACCCCCACCUGACCCCCCGCCCCCCGCAAAUGUUGACUGCCUUUUUCAGCAAAGGCUGUUCAACUGUAGAGCAAAGAGUUUCAGUCUAGGGGAAGAACUGCCAGCCUUUUCUCCUGCCAGCCUUUUGUA